CGAUGUGAUCAUCACUCGCUCACGAUCAGUCGUAGUGAGAGGAACGUGUCUCUAGCGUCGGUCCCUCGUGUUUUGUUACGCGUCUGUUUUUUGUUUUGUGCAGUUCUUUUAGUGUUGCUUCUUCUGGUGCUUCGUAUUCAUAUUACCCUCCUAUUGCUGUUUGUCCUUGAAGCGGACAAUUUCACAGCUUUCGCAUUUUAUAGCAAUUCUACCCAAAGUGUACUAAAAAGAGAUUAAAUUAAGGCAAUGUUCUCAACACUCGGUAGCUACAUUUGGGGAAGUUCGGAAGGCGAUAGCCCCCUAACGGAAGUCACCUUUACAAUCAACGGCAAGCCCUACACCGUUGAUGCGGGUAAGAUUUCGGUCGAUACGUCGCUGAACACGUUCAUCCGCAACCAUGCCCAACUGACCGGUACCAAGUUCAUGUGCCUCGAAGGUGGCUGCGGUGCCUGCGUCGUCAACGUGAACGGGCUGCAUCCGGUCACCAAGGAGAAGAAAUCAUGGGCAGUCAAUUCGUGCCUGUUCCCGGUCUACGCAUGCCACGGGCUGGACGUGCUAACGGUGGAAGGAAUUGGCAACCGCAAGGAUGGCUACCAUCCGAUCCAGCAACGGUUGGCGCAUCUGAAUGGGACGCAGUGUGGCUACUGCUCUCCCGGUAUGGUCAUGAACAUGUACAGCCUGAUGGAAGCGAACCGCGGCGCUAUCUCGAUGGAGGACGUUGAAAAUGCGUUCGGUGGCAAUAUCUGCCGCUGUACCGGGUAUCGGCCCAUACUGGAUGCGUUUAAAUCGCUGGCAGUCGAUGCCGAUGAGAAGCUGCUCGAUGCCUGUCAGGAUAUCGAAGAUCUGACCAAGACGUGCCCCAAAACGGGAAGUGCGUGUGCGGGCAAGUGCCCGUCGGCGCUGGAUCGUGCCGAAGCGAAGCGUCCGGUGCGGUUGGUGUUUGAAGAUGCGAAGGAAUGGCACCGGGUGUCGCAGGUAGCCGACAUCUUUGCGAUCUUUGAGCAGAUUGGCACCAAACCGUGCAUGCUGGUCGCGGGCAAUACGGCGCACGGUGUCUAUCGACGUAGUCCAUCGCUGCAGGUGUUUAUCGACAUCAAUGCAGUUGAGGAGCUGCACACGCACUCAGUAAGCAAUAGUGAGCUGGUGGUCGGCGCCAGCGUGUCGCUGACGGAGUUUAUGCAAAUACUGGACACCGCGGCAAACAAAAGUCCAAACUUUGCCUACUGCAAGCAGCUCGAGAAGCAUAUCGAUCUAAUUGCCAACGUGCCGGUACGCAGUGCUGGCACUAUCGCGGGCAACUUGAGCAUUAAGAACCAGCACCACGAGUUCCCGUCGGAUAUGUAUCUGAUUUUGGAGGCGGUCGGUGCCAAGCUGACACUGGUUGAAGCGGGCGGAAAAACGAGCCUCAUAUCGCCGUCCGAGUUCGUCCAGCUUGAUAUGCAGAAAAAGCUGCUAAAAUCGGUCACUCUGCCAGCGCUCGAUGGCACGCACUAUGUCUUCCGAUCGUUCAAGGUAAUGCCACGAUCGCAGAAUGCCCACGCGUACGUCAACGGUGCCUUUUUGACCAAGUUUGCCGAGGACGGUGUGACGGUGGAGUCGAUACGUAUCUGCUUCGGCGGAAUUAAUCCAGAGUUCACCCAUGCCACGUCGACGGAAUCAUUCCUUGUGGGCAAGAACCUGUUCGACGCAGAAACGAUCCAAGCCACGAUGAACCAGCUGAGCAACGAGAUCCGUCCCGAUUGGGUCCUACCGGAUGCAUCGUCCGAGUAUCGCAAGAACCUGGCAAUGGCGCUGUACUACAAGUAUCUGCUGAACGUAGCCCCGGACGGCACGGUACUGGUGAAACCGUCCUUCCGUUCUGGUGGUACCGUCCUGGAGCGACCACUCUCCUCCGGCCAACAGUCGUUCGACACUUACGAGCGUAACUGGCCCCUUACGAAGAACAUUCCCAAAAUUGAGGCACUCGCGCAAACAUCGGGCGAGGCUAAGUUUACCAACGAUUUGCCUGUCCAGCCCGGGGAGCUGUAUGCCGCGUUUGUGAUCGCUACCAAGCCCCACACACGCAUCGGCAAAAUAGAUGCCACCGAUGCGUUGAAAUAUCCCGGCGUGGUUGCUUUCUACUCCGCGAAAGACAUCCCCGGCACGAACAACUUCAUGCCCGCCAGCCUCGGCAACCAGGAGGUGGAAGAGAUCUUCUGCAGCGGUGAGGUCCUGUACCACGGCCAGCCCGUCGGUGUGAUCGUGGCAGAAACGUUCAACCAGGCCAAUCACGCUGCCACCCUGGUCAACAUUCUGUACGAACGCACCACGCAGCCGCAACCCAUCUAUCCCACUCUCAAAUCCCUCGUCGACAAUCAAACCAAAACGCGCAUCUUCGACGAACCCGUCACAACAACGCGCCGCGGAUCGAGCUACCGUGUGAAGGUGUCGGCCGCCCGGAAGGUAACGGGACGGUUCGAAAUGGCCGGCCAGUACCACUACACGAUGGAGACGCAAACCUGCGUGUGCGUACCGAUCGAGGACGGUAUAGAUGUGCACAGCUCAACGCAGUGGGUCGACCUGUGUCAGGUGGCGAUCGCAUCGAUGCUGAAGGUGUCGGAGAACAGCCUCAACUUUACCGUCCGCCGGCUGGGCGGUGGCUACGGUUCGAAGAUUUCACGCGCCGGACAGAUCGCUUGUGCCUGCGCAUUGGCCGCCCAUCUGCAGAAUCGCCCCGUGCGGUUCGUGCUGACGAUCGAGUCGAACAUGAGCUCGAUCGGGAAGCGGUACGGCUGCAUCGCCGACUACGAGGUGGACGUGGAGAGUAACGGCCGGUUCGUGAAGCUGACCAACAACUACAUGCAGGAUUAUGGCGCGUCGCUGAACGAAUCGGUCGGCGAGGCGACGACCGAGUUCUUUAACAAUUGCUACGACACCAAGACGUGGAAGGUGGUGGGCAAGGCGGCCAAAACGGAUGCACCGAGCAAUACCUGGUGCCGGGCGCCGGGCACAACGGAGGGCAUCGCGAUGAUUGAGAACAUUAUGGAGCACGUCGCGUGGGAGCUGGGACUGGAUCCGCUCGAGCUGCGGCUGGCCAACAUGCCCGAGGGUAGCAAGAUGCGGGAGCUGCUGCCACAGUUCCGCGCGGACGUGGAGUACAACCAGCGGAAGGCAGCGAUCGACCAGUUCAAUGUGGACAAUCGGUGGCGCAAGCGUGGCAUCGCCAUUUCGCUGAUGCGCUAUCCGCUCGGGUACUUCGGUGCGUUGCAUGCGCUCGUAGCGAUCCAUGCCGGGGAUGGGUCCGUUUCGGUAACGCACGGUGGCAUCGAGAUGGGCCAGGGCAUGAACACGAAGGCGGCCCAGGUGGCGGCGUACGUGCUCGGACUGCCGCUGGAGAAGAUCAGCAUCAAGCCGACGACGAGUUUGACUUCGCCUAACGCCAUCGUCACCGGUGGCAGCAUGACCAGUGAGGCCGUGUGCUAUGCCGUCAAGAAAGCGUGUGAGAUACUGCUCGAACGCAUCAAACCGGUACGCGAUGCGCAUAAGGACGCACCGUGGGAAACCGUUACCCAGCUCUGUUACGCAGGCAAUGUGGACCUGUGCGCUACCUAUCAGUACCGUGCGACCGAGCUGAAGCCUUACAUCAUCUGGGGCUUAAGCUGUGCCGAGGUGGAGGUGGAUGUGCUCACGGGCAAUGUGCAGCUGCGCCGCGUCGAUAUACUGGAGGAUACUGGAGAAAGCUUGAGUCCCGGCAUUGACGUUGGACAAAUUGAGGGUGCGUUCAUUAUGGGUGUCGGGUACUGGCUGACUGAAGCGUUGGUAUACAAUGCUGAGGACGGUGCCCUGCUUACGAACCGUACCUGGACGUACAAGCCGCCAGGUGCGAAGGACAUUCCGGUGGACUUCCGCGUACGCUUCCUGCAGAAGAGCUCCAAUCCGGCCGGUGUGCUCCGGUCCAAGGCAACCGGUGAACCGGCGCUGAAUAUGUCAAUCGUGGUACUAUUUGCACUGCGCAAUGCAUUGCGUUCGGCUAGGAAGGAUGCGGGACUGGCGGACGAUUGGAUCUCCAUGGGUACCGCGUCCACGCCGGAUCAGGUACAUCUGCUUGCCGGGAAUUCGAUCGAGCAGUACAAACUGAAUUAACAUCAAGAUAGUGAUUUCCUUAUCUUACAUAUGGUGCUGGAUAUUGAUAUUAAAUAUUCAUUUAUGAGUAUACAUUAUAUACAUCUAUUCUUGCAGAGAGAAAAAAUGCAAUAAACAUUAUCAUUUAAACAUCUGUA